GGACGUGACACAAGGUUUGUUGUAUAGUUAGGAAUGGUUCCACACAGGCAUAGAGCAGGAUUACUAUAGAAUGUUGGCGAACUAUCGUUGCGGAGGGGGGAAAACACGUAGAGCUGAGUCUGCGCGACGCAGAGGAUCACUGCCUACGAAGUUUAUCGGGCAAGAGUACGCCGACAAAUCCUAGGACACAUUCGGCCGCACUGUACAAAAUUCAAUCUAACCUUCUGAUGGAUGCUGUCUAGAAACCUUGUUUGCUAGUGAUUGGUUACACAGUUAGGAGUUGCAAAGAGCAGAGAAGGAUGUCGGAGUUCCUGCGAUACCUGUACAGAGGGCCAGAUGGCAAUUUAAUGCGGUUUAAGAAAAGGAAAUCGCGGUUCACAUUCCAAGAGGUUGAGCUGCUGCUGAGUGAGGUGAUGACAAAACGGCAUAUUCUAGUAGGAAACCGAAGCAUUUCAAAGGACCUAAAAAACCGUACUUGGGCUUCAGUGACGGCGCGUAUCAAUAAGGUCAGUGAGUGUCACAGAGAGGUCAUCGAAGUCAUUAAGAAAUGGGCAGACCUCAAGUGUGACACGAAGCGGAGGGUAGUAGCCAUGAGGGCAUCAGGUGCCACGCCUGCCCAAAUUGCACAAGAGCUGUCGCCUGUAGAAACCAUGGUGCACCAGAUCCUUCAGAUGUCUAACAAAAACAUGAUCACUUUGGCAAAUGAUGACCUAGGAGAUGAUGAUGACGAGGACUUUCCAGGUGUCUCUGAGAUGCCACAUAGCUCCUCAGACUUUGCAAAUGACAGGCCUCAUUCAUUCAGUUUACCAAUGCCCCCUCUUUUCCACCCAAGAAUCCCAAGCAAAGGAGAAAUGGAGCUAUCUACUGAUAUGAUGUUCAACAAUUCAGGAGUGCCUCUUAUGGACCUUCAGACUGGAACAUCAGAAAAGGAAGAUGGAGACAUGCAGUUUAUUGAGCCUGAAAGCCAACAAGAUCAGAAUGCUGCUGGUAUCCCUGAAUUCCUCAUCCGUCCCAGUGCUGAGAAGAGCCAAAUUCAAGAAAAACCCAAUCACAACACGUUCAAUGGCCCUUCAGCUGCCAGUGUUGGGACUUUUGUUCCACCUCCUGGGGCCUCAUCAUUUCGCUCAGUUCCUGCUCGCCCCCCUCCCACCCCAGCUUCUCUGGAUCCAUGCAGUGUACAGGAUCGUCUAGCCCAGAGUGCCUCACUCAGCCUGCAGGAACAGCAGGCCACCACACAGCUGAUAGGGUCGCUGUCUCGCUCUCUUGAGUCGCUAGCAGAAUCAGUGCAGAAAUUGGUCCACACCCAGCAGCAGUUUUCACGUGACACCUUACAACUGCAGCGUGACACACUCCAUAUCCUGCAAAGCUUCUCCUCCAAUGCUUUGAAUCUCCUGCAAGACAAGGUCAAUGGCCAGCCAUAACAUCUGAACAAUCAACAGAAGUUUUCUGGCUACACUAUUGACAGCUACUACUGGGAGCAAAUUACAAAAAAGUGAAUGCAGAUCUUAGAGAAAAUACAAUAUGAUGAGAUACUAGAGUUUAUGGCAAUAUUUCCCUGAAUCUUUGAUUUGUUUUUUUUUUUCGAAGUCAUAGAGCUAACAGGACAGCACUGAGAAGAGUAUUUGUCUGUUUAUGAUGUAAUGAACAACAUACAUUUGGAGUUGGAAAAAGGAGAGGCCUAAGUGCUAUAUGUUCUUUGUAGAGUUCCUUGUUGGUGCCAACUGAAUGUUUUCAGUAAAUCACUGGGUCUCAAAGACCAAUUAUAUGCUAUUAUAUAGUCAUUUUAAAUGGGCAAAAAUGUAUUUAAAAAAAUAACUAGUAAUUUAAGAUCAUUAUAUAUGUGGUGUGAGUUAUGAUAUUGGCAUAAAUUGUCUGUUGUCAAUUUAUGAUCUAUUAUUUACCUUAUUCUUUAUUUUGUUUUGCUAUUUGGGUGGUUCUCCAUAGUUAACCUAUAAAUCAAUGUCUGGCUGAAGCAUUGCUUAGCAGACCCUGCUGUAAACUUUUAAAUCUUUAGUUGAUGUGCAGUGUCUUUUAAUUUUGUUGGGUUGUUUCUAUUAACUUGAAUUCCAAAGACUUAUUCUAAUGUUUUCCUUUGCUUCCAGGUAGGAGUUACUAUGAAUUCUGAAACUGAUUGAAGACAUGUUAUAUUAGCCGUAGCUCCCAUAGGUCUGUUUUAUAGUCUCCCAGAAAUUAAGUCAACACACUGUUAAAAAUUACUCCUGCUUAAAACCCAGUGCAAAAGAUGAAAAUAAACAAAUUGAAAUAUUA